AUGCUGUGCAAUGUAGAAGUAAUUGCAACUGGAGUCGCAUAUAGUGAUUCGAAAGGGAGGAUUCAUGAGGCAUUCAUAAAAGAUGAAGGAGAGGUGAUAUUGAGUACAGGGGCAAUUGGGAGUCCUCAGCUUCUUCUAUUCAGUGGAGUUGGUCCAGUAGCUCAUCUUUCAUCACAUACAAUUCCUAUAGUCAGCCAAAAUCUCGAUGUGGGAAAUUAUAUGUCUGACAAUCCGUGUAAUAACAUCAAUAUUAUAGUCCCGUUUGCAUUGGAGCCAUCAGCUCUACAGGUUGUAGGAAUUACCAACGAUUUCAAUUACAUAGAGGCACUCUCUUACGAUAUCUCAUUUACUUUUCCUCAACCUUUUAGCUUUUAUCCAAAUGGAAUCGCUCUUUUAGAAUUGAGUGUGGCAACUAUUGUUGAGAAGUUCUCCGGACCUCUGUCGAGUGGCUCCCUCCGGUUGGUUUCAUUGAACGAUGUGAAAGUCAGCCCAACCGUCCGAUUCAACUACUUUGAAGAUCCAAAGGACCUUGCUCGUUGCAUAAAAGGAAUGAGGAAGGUUGGUGAUAUGCUGAAGACUGACUCCAUGGCAAGACUUAAGUUCGAAGAUUUAGAAGGUGCUGAAGGUUUCAAGUUUUUAGGACCAGCUUUGCCAAGUAACCAAUCAGAUGAUGCAUCAAUGGAGGUGUUUUGCCGAAGCACGGUAACAACAAUCUGA